CUAGUUGUCAUUUUUUGUUAUUAUUGGAAGUCCAGAUAAUUUACCCAAAAAUAAUUUUUCAAAAUGAUGCGAUAUGCUGAAGAGAACGAGAAAUUGGCGGAUAAAUCCGCUUGUGCUGGACUUCGAGCUGAUUUGAAAAUGUGUCUUUUGGAAAGCGAAUGUUGCCAAAAGUACAGGAAAACUCCUAGAGAAUGCUUAAAAGCUACUGACGGCAGUGUACCGGCAGAAUGUCAGGCAUUGAGAUAUUCUUUUUUUGAAUGCAAGAGGUCACUGUUGGAUGCUCGCCAGAGAUUUAGAGGUAGAAGAGGUUAUUGAAACAGUUAAUUUUAUAGUUUUAUUGUAAUAUAAACAUACUAGUAAUUUGUUAUCCUGUGAAUAAAUAUUCAUUUUUGUCCAUA